AUGUUGGUGACGUAUCAGAACAUUACAAAACAAGCUAUGGCGACGGAGGAAAUCACUGGAAAUAUUGAAAUGGCGGCUGUAAUAACUCCAUCGUCUCACGUACAACUCGCUAAAGAAUGGCUGUACAAACGCAAAACACAGAUGAAGCCAUGGGCAGAGUUUUUUAAAAGUUCCCGAUUCAGCAAGCCAAAAACUAUAGCCGAAGCUGGCAAGAGAGUGAUGAAGAACUUGGAAGACUACCAGAGCAACUACAUUCUGAUAACGAUACUCCUGUUCUUUUACUGCGUGUAAGUUGAUGUUUCGAUCGUUUAUUAUUUGUAGUUUUUAAGAAAAGAAGAUCUCGUUUUCACGUCCUGAAACCGUCUAAAUUCGAGGAGUCUUUUAUUUUACAACAAGCAGAGAGUUCCCCGGCCGUUAUGGUAUAUAUUACAGAUUUUAGGCAACUUUCCGUUGUCUAAACGGUAGCGGUAGAUCGAAAAUUCGGGAAAAAAUAUUAUAUGUAUGCCUUCUGGGUAUGAUUUGUCGUAUGUAAGGUAAUAAAUAUUAUUUUAUUUAACGACGAGCAUUUAGUUCAUCUGAUUGCAUGUCUUCUAAGUGUAUAUGAAAGCUAAGCUUAUAAAUGGUAUUAUGAAUAACGUUUCAUGAAUAUUUUUUUGGGUGAUUUAGUAACAUUAUUAAGGUUAUCCUUCGGAUAUUGACCUUUGAAUUUUUUUAGCCAGGAAAAACUUCUUUCAUGUCGUAGAAAGAUCCCGAUCUUCUUUACCUUUAAGAUCUCAAGUUAAUUCCUAGAAAAAUGCACAGCACAUUCUUUCAAGGAACGUAAUUUACCAUGCCUACUAGAAGUUUGUCAUUCAGGUUUUAGUAGCCCUUACCCAGUUGUUCAAAAGAUGGAUAAUGCUAUCCACUGGUUAAAUCUCUGUUCAGGGGAUAAUGCAGUUGGCUUCCCGAGCACUUAUUUGCUGGAUGGUGAUUUAUCAGAUGUAUAGUGCUAUCCAACAUUUGGAGUAACUGCACAAUACCCGAUCACUUCAAAGCUAUACCCCUAUAACAGUGGGUACAUGGCUAUGCGGCUACGCAGCUAUGCAGGUAACCCUAACCCUAACCCUACGGGGCUACGCAGCUAUGUGCUAUGUGGCUACAGAGCUACGUAGCUGUAGAGGUCUGCGUGGCUAAAGAAAAAAGAUGUAUCUGGCUACAUAGGAGACUACGUAGCUGUGUAGCCGCAUGGCCACUGUUAUAGGGGUAUAGCUUUGAAGUGGCCGGGUAUUCUGCAGUUAAGCUCAACAUUUAAACAGUCAACUAGGUUUCUGUUUGUCAUAAAAAUCCCAGUUGAUCUGAGAAUAUUGUUUUUCUCAACCUUCCCUGAUUUGCUAACAGAAAAAGCUUCAACGUCUGUCUUACAGUCUAGCCCUGCUAUUGCAGACAUCCCUGUGUGACUUAGCCUGUAAAGAGGCUCUCAAGUGGAGUAGAUCUACAUGAGAGAGGGAAAAAGGCCCCAUGCUCGGCUUGCACUGCUUGCCAAUUGUCUUUUUUGCCUCAGGGCUGUCACUAAGUGCCGGAGGCCAGGGAUUUCUCCCUGCCACUGUGGGUAUAACCACCAGCUACUUUCAUAGGGAACAAAAGGAAAAUAAAACCAAAAGGACAUUCUAGUUGUUCAAUGACUCGCCUGCUAAUUUCAUAUACCCAGCAACUUGAAAUCUUAGUGAUAACAGCCUUGUUGCCAUGCUCCGCUAUGUUUGACUGUGAGUCAAUGCCUUUAACAGUGACAGUCCAUAAUAAUAGUGGUUUAUCCAGAGGGAGGUACUCCCUUAUAUAAGCCAUAAAGGUAUGUGCCUCCCCAAAGGGUAGGGGUUUUGCAGUGUUUUGGUCUGAAAACAGGUAUAGACUUUGCUCGUUUUGGUCUGGAAUCAGGUACGGCUUGAGUGUAUGACCAUAUAUAUUGUUUCAAUUUCAAAUGAGUAAGAAAAGAAGAGACAUGUGCAAAUGUCGAAAUAGAUUUUGUUGCUGUUCUAAUCUAAAUAAUGAUGACAUAAUUUCUUAGAGUCCAGGUAUGAAAAUGGGUGUGAAAAAUGACUUUUUUGUCUGAAAUAGGGUCUGGAUGUGGAUAAACGGGCGGCACACUCCCACCAAGAAGGGGAAUGGGGAGGGGGUAUUUACACUCACACAUCUAUGAUCAUAACUUACCAUAUGGACUUAAGAAUAAAAGUUUGGGAGAUAUUUAUAAUUUCUCUCUAGGCUGUUUGAACAGGCAUGAAAGCCAGUCACACAGUAGAAAUCAUUUUAUCCUAUCACGGGGUAACUGUUCAAACUGAGAUAUUAUAUUAACUACGCUUACUGUAUAGUGAAACAGAAAGUUAGCUCUGUAAGAUUUGUUUGGAAUUUUCCAUCAUACACCUUAGGAAACAUAAGAUCAUUUUCUCACCUUUUGUUCCAGAAAAAUUUAUAUCCAUAAUCCCCCUAAAGAAGGUUUUUUUUCCUUGAAAUCUACCCCUCCCUCUGGAAAAAACAGAUCAUUAAGACCCCCUUCCUCUUGAAAAUUGCAAUGAUUGUAAGGUGGAUGUGGUUAUUUGUUGGAACCACACAAUAAUGCAUUGUAAUCAUUCUUUUUAUUGUAGGCUCACAUCUCCAUUGCUGCUCAUUGCAUUAUCAGUUGCAGGGGGUGGCUGUUUAUUUAUAUCAUAUAAAAACCAAGGAAAAAAGAUCCAAGUUCUAGGUGGGAAGCUAAUAGUAAUUUAUGACGUUAUCUAUUGCACACUUAGCAACUCUCCUGAAUUAACUUGCAAUUUUCUAGAUAAUAUAGUAACCUUUCUGCUCUUCUGUAUGGGACGGCGACUCUCACAGACUAAAAAGCAUCUCUGUUUGAACUUUACUGUGAACGUUAGGCUGAAAAAUUAACUCUAACUUCUCUGAAAUUCCUAAAAUUUGGUUAAAGUUCAGGUGUAAAAUUUGGAGGGUGGGAUGGCUGGAUUGGUUGUGUUCCAGGGCUGGUGUGGGGAUACCUUGAGGUCAGGCUGAUGGGAGGUAGUAACACAUGUUUUGAAAUAUAAUAAUUUAAUGAAAGUUUUGUAGUUGGUGUAAUUGAUUUUGUGGCCCUAUAGGUCGUGAAUUGAGUCGAGUGGAGCAGUAUGGUCUUGUAAUUUUGAUCAGCCUUCCUCUCUUUAUUUUGGCCUCUGCGGGAUCAACAGUGUUUUGGAUUAUAGGUGAGUAAGAAUGUUGUAAGUUUUCAUAUUUCUCUCUGUAGUAAAAUUUUAUUUCUAAACUAAAGGCAGUUAUAUUAUGUGGUAAUAGGCUCCAAGUUCCCCCAGGCCGCUGUAUUAAAGGGAACCUCCACUCUUACUACAGAAUAAGUUUAAAUCGAAUAAAAUUAUGUUGAUAAACAAAUUUGUGCGAAAUUUGUCCUUAAAAAAAGCGUUUACAUCAGGAAAAGUGAAUUUUAAAAUCGCUUAUUUUCAGUUUCAAAUUUCGCGGGCGCCGCCAUCUUGAAUAAUUGUGACGUGUUAUGGUUGCUCUAUUGUUCUGACACAAAGAGCUUUUGUUUAAGAACAACAGGGCAACCGUAACACGUCACAAUUAUUCAAGAUGGGGACGCCCGCAAAAUUUGAAAACAAAAAUAGCCGAAUCUAAAAGUUAUUUCUUUCGGAUACAAACGCUUUCUUUAAAAAUAUUUUAGAUUGACUUGACUGUAACAGUUAUUUCCUGUGAUUUAAAGUUAUCUUUUUGUUGAAGUGGAGGUUCCCUUUAAAACAAGGUUAAGUACUUAGCAUUUGAUAUGAAAAUGAUUUUUCAACCUCAUGCAAAUAAAACUCUUUGCAAGAAGGAUUGUGCACUUGGCUUCAUUUUGAAAGUGAGGGUUUUUGAAACUUGGAAGUGGCGAAUUCUUAACUUCUUUAAAGUUUGAGCCAUCUCUUGACCAACCCCAAGGGCAUGGCUCAAGGACUGCAGAAGAGUUUUUAUUCGUUCUUGCCAUUCUCAGACUCAGAAGUUAGAAUCGCCCUGUACAGUGUAGUAAACAGUACCACAGGAAAGUACUACUCAGUAGCUUUUAUUUGAAUGGCCACACAUUGAAUUUAAUUUACGGUUAUAACUGUGAUGUGAAGUAUAUGAAAUAAUUCAUAAUUCAAUAAUUCUGUGUUUUAUAAAUUAUAUGCCCUCUAAUAGUAAAGGUUGACAGGUCAUUUUUUUUUUUAUCAGGUGCGUCAUUCUUUAUUAUUGGCCUCCACGCGUCACUCUUGAGCACCUUCGACACUCCUGAAAUAACAGAAGAACUGACCAUGGAAGAAGUUUAGAUUUGUCUUAGUUUCAAGUUGCUUAACAUGUAACACUGAUAACACCACUGGUUUUGAAUCAUAAUGGACAGACACUUAAAUAUGAAUGUUUUGGUUCAAAUUUUAUAUCCCCUCGAAUCUGGGUCUUGUGAACAUAUGUAAGAUUAUAGUGAUAGACAAAGUACAGAGGAAAAUAAUACCAAACAAAACAACUGCGACAAAAAGUCAGCCACAUAGUCGUAGAUUUUUCAAAUAGGGAUGGUGAAACUUCUGUAAUAUGUACUGCAAGUAUUUAAGUAAUAAGUUUCUUCACUGUUGUGCUGCUUUAACAGACAGUUUCAGUUAUUUUUGUAUGACUGUUAACUCUGUAAAACCUUGAUCUAAAUCUUUAAUAUUGUACCUCCCUAAUAGUGCAAAUCAAUGCACAUAAAAACCGCUUGUUAAGGUUAUUUAGGUCAAGGUUUUACAGAAUUUACUACAGUCAUACAAAAAUACUUUGUGUCUGUUUGUAUGCACAAUAAUGCGCUAAACUUAGUGCAAUUAGAAUGAUGCAAUGAGGGUGUAUGAUAUAAAAUAAAGUUAUGAUGACACCUCUGGACAUACUUGCUAAGAAUCAUCCUGACAAACAUAAAUCCAGAUUAUAUCGCCUAAAUUGCGAUGGAACUCCUAAGAAACCACAGGAAGCCCAAAGAUUAGUGUG